GCAGCGCAGCAUUUGCCCGUCACACUGACAGAGCCUGUGGCCCAGCAGGGAGCUGCCCUGGGUCUCCCAGGCAGCCCCCUCCUCGUUGGGCCCUGCUGAGCUGGCAGGUUCAUCUCUCGGGUUUGACCGUUUCAAAGGUGGCCCGAGUAAAGCAGUCAGACUGUGACACAGCCCCCACCAUCUCUCCAGCUGCAGGGUUUGCACAAUUCAUUAGUAGCCUCUGCAGGAGUCCUGGGACCUAACUCAGAAUUGUGGAGACAACCGACUAUUCCGCUAGUGGGGAUGUUGCCUGUGAAAAUAGAGAGUCAUGUCUUUGGUGGUUUGUGCUUUUUAAACCCAGCCCUGAUGUCGGAGGGGAAUGACUUAAAAAGCUGCUGGAGAAAGACUGGGGUGCAGAAUGCUACACCUUGCACGAUGCAAAUCUAAAUGCAAAGGGAAUCAAAGGGCCAGUGUUGUAAGAGAAGCUGAAUCAGCUAAAUGGAAGCAGAACAGACAAAAUGACAUUAAAUAGGAAGAUGUUAAACUUGCUAGCUUUGCCUGAGAAUGUAUAGCAGAAGCCAUCCCUCCCCUAAGAGGAACCCAUCUGAACAUCAGACGGUGGAUUUCACUUCCUUUGUGUUGGAAACUUUAAAUCUUACCCAACCUGAUACUCAAACACCUGCGUGGUUCUUCUAAACACUAGCAGUGAAGGUUUCAGAAGUGCAGAAGCUUGCCACGGCUCAUCUUCUCCUCAGAUAGCCUGAGUGUCGGAGAUCGUGCUCCUGAGGCCGGUGGGAACAACAUGCUACAGCAAGCCAUAUAUUGAGGCCUGGAAAAUGGUCCUGCACCCGCCUGGCCUGCGGCUGGAACUGUCGUCUCUGGAGCAGCACCAGCUGGGAGCGAGGGCUGAGCAGUGACUUCCCCUCAGACCACGUCCGAUCUGUGGCCUCCCGGUGAAAGGCUGCAGGCUCCCGAGGGGCGAGGAUGGCAGCAUGGGGCGAGCAGGCAGACAGUCGUAACGCUGGCUCUGGCAAGCCCGGGCCUUUCCACUCUGCCCCAGCUGCACCCAGCAAUGGCUGAGGGGCCCACGGUGCGCCAGAGAUGAGUGGAGCUUUCCCCCUGGCAGUAGGGUUUAGUGCUGACUUUGGACUAUGACAUCCUAUCGACCCAUUCCGCAGGCAAGCGUGGAUGUUGGCGGACCGGCGCUGAAGGGGGGCGACGGGCUGGCUGGCACGCGGGGCGAUUACUUCUCGCCAGGGUUCUGGGCGCAGAAUGGCAGCAGCUCGCAGCCAGCUGGGGACGCUCUGCCCGGGCCACGGCCCACCACCACCACGCCCGCCAUGCCGAAGAUGGGUGUGCGCGCCAGGAUUGCCGACUGGCCCCCAAAGAGAGACGCACUGAAGGAUCCGGCCACUCCAAGCCCCUCGAGGGACAUGGAAGCAGCGACAGGCAGCAGCAGGACUUUUCUUUCACCCAAGGGCUUUCAGAAUGGGCAGCAGCCGCCUCCCACCAGCCUGGGCUCCUCGGGGCUCCGGGGCUUGCACCGGCUCUCCAGGAGGAGAUCCAAGGACGUGGAGUUCCAGGAGGGUUGGCCUCGAUCGCCUGGCAGGGCCUUCGUCCCGCUGCGCAACAGGAGUAACAGCGAGAUCACCCUCAGCGAGUGUGACUUGGAAGAGACCCUGGAGCCCCGUGGGACCAAGCUGGGGGGCGGCCUGCCCCUCUUCCGCGAGUAUGGCAGCACCUCCUCCAUAGACGUGCAGGGCAUCUCGGAGCAGAGCUUGUUCGACAUGCUCCGCGAGCUCCGCGCCGAGACGCCGGCCCAGCGCCGCCUGGCGGCCGAGAAGCUGAGCGACCUGCGGGCCGACGCCAGCACGGCCUCCAGCCUGCACGUGGCUAGCGGCGCCAAGGCGGACAUGAGGAAUGGCCUGGGACUCCCCCAUGAGGGCUCCCCCACUCCCCCAAAGGAGAAGCCCCGCAAGAAGGGCCCCAAGGGGGAGGCAGGAGGCGACUCCAUCUUCAGGAAGCUGCGGAGCAGCCGGAGCGAUGGGGAGCCCGGGAAGGCCUUGCUGGAGCAGGAGGAGGGUGGCAAGGCCUGGGUCUGCCAGAAGACCUUUGCGCACUACGACGUGCAGAGCCUGCUCUUCGACCUCAACCAGGUGGCAGCCAACCGGGUGGUGGUGGCGCAGCGGAGAAACACCACGACGGGCGCCUCGGCCGCCUCUGCUGUCUCGGCUGCCCUCUCCCGGGCAUACGGGCUGGGCGGCCUGGACCCGGCCUUCGCCAGCACCGAAGACCUCAACUACAAGGAGAACCUGGAACACGACCACGGGGACAACAACAGCAACGACCUGCUGCUCAGCUGCCCCCACUUCCGCAACGAGGUGGGUGGCAUGUGCGAGCGCAACGUCAGCUUCUCCAGGGCGUCGGCCGGCUCCCCCUGCGGGGCCGCGGGCGAGGGAGGCUUCCUGGAGCCCUCCCUCAACACCUACUGCACCAACGCCAGCAUCUCCGUGCUGGAGGUCCCCAGGGAGCUGCAGAGGAGCCCCAGCCGGCUAACGCGCUACAACGUGGAGCACGUCGACCUGGGGGCCCACUACUACCAGUUCUAUUUCCACGGCAAAGAGCAUUCCAACUACUUUGGAGUGGAUGAGAAGCUGGGACCAGUGGCUGUGAGCAUCAGGAGAGAGAAGCUGGAGGAUCAUAAAGAGUUCGGGCCCCAGUAUCAGUACAGGAUUAUCUUCCGGACCAGCGAGCUCGUGACCCUGCGAGGCUCCAUCCUGGAGGACGCGACUCCCACCACCACCAAGCACGGGACGGUGCGUGGCCUCCCCCUGAAGGACGUGCUGGAGUACGUGGUCCCCGAGCUGAACAUCCACUGUCUGCGGCUUGCCACGAACACGCCGAAAGUCACGGAGCAGCUCCUGAAACUUGACGAGCAGGGGCUCUGCAGGAAGCACAAGGUGGGGAUCCUGUACUGCAAAGCAGGCCAGAGCUCCGAGGAGGAGAUGUACAAUAACGAGGAGGCCGGGCCAGCCUUCGACGAGUUCCUCUCCCUCGUCGGGGAGAAGGUCUGUCUGAAGAACUUCGGCAAGUACGCUGCGCAGCUGGACACGAAGACUGACUCCACCGGCACCCACUCUCUGUACACCACCUAUCAGGACUACGAGAUCAUGUUCCACGUCUCCACGAUGCUCCCCUACACGCUCAACAACCGGCAGCAGCUACUAAGGAAGCGGCACAUAGGAAACGACAUAGUCACAAUCAUCUUCCAGGAGCCUGGAGCGUUGCCUUUCACCCCCCAGAAUAUCCGCUCACACUUCCAGCAUGUCUUUAUUAUUGUCAGAGUCCACAGCCCUUGCACUGAUAACGUUUGCUAUAGCGUGGCUGUGACCAGAUCCAAAGAUGCUCCACCCUUCGGCCCCCCAAUCCCCAGCGGCGGCGUCACCUUCCGCAAGUCUGACAUCUUUAGAGACUUCUUACUGGCCAAGGUGAUCAAUGCCGAGAACGCCGCGCACAAGUCUGACAAGUUCCACACCAUGGCGACGCGCACCAGGCAAGAGUACCUGAAGGACCUGGCGGAGAACUGCAUCACUAACACGCCCAUCGACUCCACGGGGAAAUUCAACCUGAUCUCCCUGACUUCCAAGAAGAAGGAGAAGAUGAAGGCGCGGGUGGGGGCGGAGCAGUACAGCAGCGGGGCCAUCGCCUGGCGCGUCUCAGCCCAGGACUUUGCCCAGGGGGUGGAGAUUGAGUGCAUCUUGGCCAUCUCCAACGAGUUCAUCGUCCUGCUGGACCUUGGCACCAAGGAGGUGGUGUUCAACUGCUUCUGUGGGGAUGUGAUUGGCUGGACUCCCGACCCCGGCACCCUCCGGAUCUUCUACGGCAGAGGGGACCACGUCUCCAUCCAGGCCGCAGACAGCAGCCCCGAGGACAUCAAGGAGAUCGUGCAGCGACUCAAGGUCAUGACCUCGGGCUGUGAGACGGUCGACAUGACCCUGCGGAGAAACGGGCUGGGCCAGCUCGGCUUCCAUGUGAAGUAUGACGGGACGGUGGCCGAGGUGGAGGACUACGGCUUUGCGUGGCAGGCGGGGCUCCGGCAGGGCAGCCGGCUGGUGGAGAUCUGUAAAGUCGCCGUGGUGACGCUGUCCCACGACCAGAUGAUCGACCUGUUGCGGACCUCGGUCACAGUGAAAGUGGUCAUCAUCCCGCCCCAUGAGGACGGCGUCCCUCGCAGGGGAUGGGCCGAGUCCUUCGAAAUGAGCAGCAUGGAGCACAAGGCAGAGCUGGAGAGAGUGCCCACGGGGCACCGCCCGCCGUACCGCAGCAACUCGGCAUGGCAGUGGAGUGGGCCUGCCUCCCACAACUCCUCGCAGGCAGCCAAGUGGGCAGAGCCCCCGCCCCGCAGCCAUGCUCAGUCCCUCACGAGGCCCCCCAAACAGACCUCUGUCGUCCCGUACCGCGAGCCGCAGCCCCUGCACAGCAAGAGGCCAGUUAGCUUCCCUGAGACGCCGCAUACCGCCGCCUCCUCCCCAGUGGGGACAGAGAGAGGCCAGCCGUAUCGGCAGCCGUCGGGCAGCUUCUCGACUCCAGGUUCGGAAGGAACGGCUUACACCCGCUAUAAGCCGUCCCCAGAAAGAUACGCAACCUCUCAGCGGCCCGCGCUGCCCUUCGAACAGCAGUACAGCCCCGAGGUGACCUCGAGCGGCGAUUCCUCGUCCGGGGGGCUGCCCGGUCAGGAGAGCCCCAUGGAGAGACACAAGCCGGAGCCCCUGUGGCACGUGCCGGUGCCGUCCAGGCUCCCUGCUGCGACCGGGACCAGCCUGAGCAAGCGGCCCAGCAGACAGGAGCUGGCAGGAAAGGAUUCUCCCAGCCGGCCUUGCAGAGGCUCUUUGCAGGGUGAGGCUCCGUACUCCAGCCACUCCAGCAGCAACACGCUGUCCAGCAGCGCCUCCAGCCGGCACAGUGACGAGCGCUGGUCUGACGCGCCCGACCCCGCCGAGGGCGAGCCAGACCCCGUCUGCAAGGGGGGCUCCAGCGACAGCGGCAUUGACACCACGCUCUACGCCAAGCCCUCCCGCCUGGGGCCGCCCCAAGCCCUGCCGGGCUCUGCCCACUACGAGAGCGGGGGCAAGAGGAGGGAGCCUUCGCCCGCCGUCAGCUCGGGCAGCCAGAGCCGAGGCUACCGGCCCAAGAUGUACCCAACGGGGGCCAGCGCGGCCGGGCCUGCCGCAGCCCCCAGCCAUGGCAGUGAGCUCUUCAAGCAGCCAAGUAAUUUCAGUUUGCGACAAGGCCGCCCUGCUCAGGGUUACAAAGCGCCCGUGGCUGAGACUCCCAGGCCCCCACACAUGUCCCAGUCCAGCUCCUUCCAGCUGUCUGCCUCUGUCCCCAAAUCCUUCUUUUCCAAACAGCCCAGCAGGAACAAGCCCGCGUCGGGGUGGAAGAGAGCCGAGGAGACCCCCACGAGACCCGUGGCCUUCACAGACCCGAAGAAGCAAAUCGACAUGAACACCAAGAACGUCUUUGGGCAGCCCAGGCUGCGGGCGUCGCUCCGGGACCUGCGCUCCCCGCGCAAGAACUACAAGUCCACCAUCGAGGACGACCUGAAGAAGCUCAUCAUUAUGGACGGCUUGGGCCCGGAGCCAGAGAGAGCCAUGUCUCCGCAGAAGCCUCUCCAGCGAACGUUAUCAGACGAGAGCCUGUGCAGUGGGCGGAGAGACGCCAGCUACGCCAACGCCACCUGCUUCGAACAGUCCCUGGCCAGUGACGUCCUCUUCACCAGCACCUACCCGUCCAACACGCUGCCCACCCGGCGGCAGCACCCGCAGCCGGGCAACGGGGGCCUCCCCGAGAAGAAAUCCACCAUCUCUGCCUCGGAGCUGUCACUGAGCGACGUGCGGGACCAGCCCACGAGACGCCUCGACCCGGGGCUCAUGCCCCUGCCCGACACGGCAGCUGGCCUGGAAUGGUCCAGCCUGGUCAACGCUGCGAAGGCCUACGAAGUGCAGAGAGCCGUCUCCCUCUUCUCCCUCAACGACUCAGCGCUGAGCCCCGAGGCCGCCCCCGCGCCCAGCCUGGAGAGACAGCCCACGCCCCGCACCACGCCCACCAUGAGCGAGGAGCUGCCCCUGGACCUGACGGGGAAGGUGUGUCAGCUGGAGGCCAUGCUGAAGCAGCUACACAGCGACCUGCAGAAAGAGAAGCAGGACAAGGUGGUGCUGCAGGCGGAGGUGGCCACUCUGCGCCAGAACAACCAGCGGCUGCAGGAGGAAUCACAGACGGCCAGUGAGCAGCUGCGCAAGUUCGCCGAGAUCUUCUCCAGCCCCGUGGGCAAGGAGCUGUGAGCUCCCCUCUCGGGCGCCAGAUGCCACGCACACCCAGCAUGGUACCAAGAUCUCCAGCCCCAUGGAUAAGGAGCUGUGAGCUCCCCUCUCGGGCGCCAGGUGCCACGCACACCCAGCACGGUACCAAGAUCUCCAGCCCCAUGGAUAAGGAGCUGUGAGCUCCCCUCUCGGGCGCCAGGUGCCACGCUCACCCAGCGCUGUACCGAGAUCUCCAGCCCCGUGGGUAAGGAGCUGUGAGCUCCCCUCUCGGGCACCGGGUGCCACGCACACCCAGCACGGUACCGAGAUCUCCAGCCCCGUGGAUAAGGAGCUGUGAGUGCCCCUCUUGGGUGCCAGGUGCCACGCACACCCAGCACUGUACCGAGAUCUCCAGCCCCGUGGGCAAGGAGCUGUGAGCUCCCCUCUCAGGCGCCAGGUGCCACGCUCACCCAGCGCUGUACCGAGAUCUCCAGCCCCGUGGGCAAGGAGCUGUGAGCUCCCCUCUCAGGUGCCACGCUCACCCAGCGCUGUACCGAGAUCUCCAGCCCCGUGGGUAAGGAGCUGUGAGCUCCCCUCUCGGGCACCGGGUGCCAGGUGCCACGCACACCCAGCACUGUACCGAGAUCUCCAGCCCCGUGGAUAAGGAGCUGUGAGUGCCCCUCUCGGGCGCCAGGUGCCACGCACACCCAGCGCUGUACCGAGAUCUCCAGCCCCGUGGAUAAGGAGCUGUGAGCUCCCCUCUCGGGCGCCAGGUGCCACGCACACCCAGCACUGUACCGAGAUCUCCAGCCCCGUGGAUAAGGAGCUGUGAGCUCCCCUCUCGGGCGCCAGGUGCCACGCACACCCAGCACUGUACCGAGAUCUCCAGCCCCGUGGAUAAGGAGCUGUGAGCUCCCCUCUUGGGUGCCAGGUGCCACGCACACCCAGCACUGUACCGAGAUCUCCAGCCCCGUGGAUAAGGAGCUGUGAGCUCCCCUCUCGGGCGCCAGGUGCCACGCACACCCAGCGCUGUACCGAGAUCUCCAGCCCCGUGGAUAAGGAGCUGUGAGUGCCCCUCUCGGGCGCCAGGUGCCAUGCACACCCAGCACUGUACCGAGAUCUCCAGCCCUGUGGGUAAGGAGCUGUGAGCUCCCCUCUCGGGCGCUGGGUGCCAGGUGCCACGCACACCCAGCGCUGUACCCCCGGGCUGCUGGCUGGGUGAGGGCAGCAGCAGAGCCCUGGGACGCGCUGGGGAAGCUGCUGAUGUGCUGGGAGGGAUCUGUCCUUGGAAGGUGCAUCGCCGGCCCUUCCGCGCCUGCACCAUGUCCCUGGCAGUGUGGGGCUAAACACGGGAUUUCUGGUUCCGUAUCCCUCCACACGGUGCCAGGGAUCCGAGUCUGGUCUCUGCCCUGCCACCAGGAUGUUCUUGGGGCGCCAAUGCCAGACGUGGCAGCCUGUUAACGCUCAUGCAAAGGGCGCUGCUGGGCACCUGGCUGGGACAGGGACUCCUCACCCUGCAUCUCCCAGGACGACUAGCUCCUGGGGCGAACCUUGACUAAUCCAGGGACUAUCCCUGUGGAGUGACUUGAUUCCAGCCCUUCUGCACUACGCUCUGACGGCCAGUUCCCAGGAGCGUCUGCCACGGACACAGCACGACGGAGCUGGGCAGGUCACUGACCGGUUCUGGUCAGAGCUGGCGGUGGGUUUUCUGGUGUACAAGAAUUACAGGGGGGCUGUACCCGGACCGCAGAGAAUUUAAAACUGGCCCCCGGCUGUGGAGAGCACUUCCUCAAAGCUAAAUUAUUUGCUAGCGAAUGCAAUGCUGAGAGCGGCUCAGGAAGUGCACAUUGAUUGCACUGGAAAUGGUCUUUAUAAAACACUAUAUUUGUAUAAAUGA